AUGGGCAGGAAGUACAAGCAGCGACUGAUUCCGGAGCAGGAUCGCCGGAUAUGCGGAUCAAUUUGCCUGUGUCAGCUCACGAUCGUGCUCUCCUGCGUGGCCAUCGUCUACCUGAGCGUGGCUAUUUAUAUGCCAUCGUACAAAGCUUUUCAGUCGGGCUUCGAGCCAGAGCCCGUCAUGUGCCAAACCAUCAACACCACCAUGGCCAACAACUGUGCCUGGGCGAGCUGUGGCGAGUGGUGUCUGACCAGAACCAGCGGCUUCUGCCCGCAAAUUCACACCGCGGUCCGCCGGAACGGCACAGAUGUCAUCUUCGAGAAUUGCACACGCUCAGCCACGACAAAUUGUCCACAGGUAAAUCCGAGAGAUCUGAAGAAAUACAACUGUAAUAAUGGUACUGAGUGUGCCCAGCUCACGGGCGUCUUCAACUGCUCCCUGGGUCACUGUGCUAACAUGUCUGAUCUCUAUGAGUGCCACUAUGGCCGAGCCGACGGGGUCACAAUCGACGCCGAGAAGGACAACAUGAAACUCAACGGCUUCUUCUACUGCAAGGGCUCGAACUGCACCAAGAUCAAGAGGGCCUUCUCGUGUGAUCGCUUCUGCCCCAAAAUCACCACCUCCUCCAUUAACGUCUUCAUCAUGCACAACGACAGCCUCACAACUGCCGACUGCGAAGUGGCUCUGGCCACGAACGAGGCUCACGGUUCCGAGCCAGGCGUCAGAAUUGACCCAACGAGGUUCUGGAACGAAUCCCAGGGCGCCGUUCUCACGAGUUGUCUCGAUGCUGUGCGCACUGACGGCCGAAUUGAGGCUUUUGACUGCCUCAAUGGCACACUCUUGCCCGAGGAUCAGAUUCCUCUGCCGUGGAUGAACUUCACGACGUUCUGGAAGAUCUACGACAACAGCACGAUACCAGUUGAUCCGGACCAGAAAUUCCUGCCACGACAGUCCUCUGUCACAAUCUACAACACCAGCAAGCUCUUCAUCAACCUCGAAGGGUGUGUCAACACCCUGAAGGGAGAGUGCAAGCAGUUUCUCAUCACUCAUGGAAGUGAUGGAGACAACAAUACCGCCCAGGCUAGGUUUCCCUGCUUCUACCACAAGAACAGCUCGACUUUUGUCGUGGCGAGGUUUGACCUGCAGAAGACGUGGAAGGAGCUCAUGAUUGCCGUGAUUGUGCCCACUUCUCUGUUCGUCAUCUCACUUAUUACCCUCUGCAUCAUCACGCAAUCUGUCCGGGUGGGAGACGAUGCCAAGAUGAGGUGCAAGUAUUGUGUGGACGGAUCGGAUCAGGAGGAAUCGGCUGGCAUGGCUUCGAGGAAGCGAUACGCUCACACUGAGGACAACACUCCUAAUACUCCUAACAUGCCGCCAUCCGUGUCACAGCAAUCCAAUCCCACAGAACUGAACAGCAUCUCCUUCGAUUGCGGCCAAUCCAGCACCAAAUCCCUCAUCCCAAUGAGUCCCUGCUCCGAGAAGGGUGGUAAGAAGUUCGCCGAGACGCUGGAGAAGUGCUGCGAAUCGAGCCUAACUGAGGAACCGCCACAGAUUUCUGUGGAACAAGUGACGCCCAAGGACGACAAACCACUGAUGAUCCUCUAAUUGUGGGCAAUUUAUAGGAAAAUGUCUUAGGUGUGCGUAAUAUCGUUGUAAAAGCUUCAAUCUCUCGUCGUGGAUCAUAAUCAGAUUAUACUCUCAAUGGGACCAUUAGCACAUCCCCCAAAUCAGAUGCCUUUCUUAUUCUGGACCAACACGCCACAUGGGAAAAUCACAAAGACUUCAGCAGAAUUGUAAUCGAAGGGAUACUUUCCGCCUUCGUGUGUGCAACACUACAGGGAAUUCUCACAAGAAUCAGCACAAUUUCAUGAAAAUAAUAAGGUGAUGCAUAAGUCUCGAGCUGUUUUCUUUCACUCGAAACAUAUGGAUCAAUAUCAGUAUCACAAACAAACCCAUCUCUAUAUACAUAUAUCGUAUCUAAAACCCCAACGAACAGUGCAAUGAACUCUUUAUGAACUCUAUAUAUUAAUAUUUGGAUAAAGGUAUUUUCAAUGUUCAUGUGCCUUUUGUGUAAACUUUUGUGAACUGCAGAUGAAAAGAAACCACCAUAAGAUUAUCUCAGUGUUGAAGCUUUUAACUCUGUUGUGAUUCUCUUGCAUCACGCAAAACUGAUAAAAUCUGUUUUCUGUACAAAUCGUACAAAUA